CCAAGUUCACUGCAGCUCGCGCAGAGCCACCGGAGGCAGUCGAACAUCACACCUCGAGCUCAACAGGAGGAGAGGAGGACAACAGCAAAGUCUGCACACAUACAAACAGCCCCAAGUCCGCGCUUACUUCAACACAAGGAUCUGUCUCCGCGUUCAUGGAUACUCCCACCUUCGCAUGUUCAAACACGAAACGCGCAUAUAGCCUACUUGAAAUCGGUUCUCCCGCGCGCAGACAAGGACAGAGAGAAGAGGCGUGCGAACUGUCCAAACUAACUGCAAAGACGCAGGAUGGCUAAAGAAAUCAGAGGGAAAGUGACCCUACGCAAGCACAGCGCUUCUCACUGGCGCAUGCAGAACAUCGCCCAGGAAUCUGUUGACAGCUCGGAUGAUGAGUUUUUUGAUGCCCGAGAGGUGCUGGAGGGGAAGACAGCCAUGCUUUUGGGCAUGAGUCAGUGGAACUCUAAUGAUCUCGUUGAACAGAUAGAAACCCUGGGCCACAUCGACCAGACGCAGGAGAAUCUGUACCGUGUAAGGAGGCAAAAAUGUGUCCCACAGACUAGCAUUGACGGUCUAGAGGAAGCUGAGAACAAAUGUCAAACGCAUGUGCUGGUGUUGGUGGUUCACGGGGGAAACAUACUGGAUCUAGCGGGUGGAGAGCCAGGCGCGAAGAACGCAGAUGUAAACACCCUGUCCUCAGUGCUGGAAAAAGUAUCUCAAGCUCAUUUCCAAGCUGCAGCUCAGCAUGCCGUCAUCAAGUUGGUGCCAUGCCCAGCCAUAUGCGCUGAGGCCUUCUGCCUUGUGUCAAAUCUGAACCCUUAUAGCUAUGACGAGAGUUGUGUGUCCAGCAGCGUAGACCAUCUACCUCUGGCCGCUUUACCACUGCUCGCCAUAGCUGCUCCACACUACCAAGACGCCGUCGCGACCGUGAUCGCUCGGGCCAACCAGGUGUACCACAGCUUUCUGCAGUCUCCAGAGGGACAGGGGUUCACGGGACAGGUGUGUUUGUUGGGUGACUGUGUGGGAGGUGUGCUGUGUUUCGAUGCUCUCUGUUUCAGCAACAGCCCGCGACACAGCAGCCGACAUAACAGCACAGAGAGCUUAAAGGAUAACCCUGAGGUCAGUCCGAGUCUGAGCUCCAGCAAACGUCUUAGCAGGAGCAACACUGACUUAUCUGCCCCCAGUGAGACCCGCAACAGGAAAACUCCACUCAGCCGCAAACAGAGCGACUCGUAUGAUGGAGAGUCCUCUGGCAGCCAGCACCACCUGUUCCUCAGCAGUCUGAUACAGGAUGGAACAGACCUGAGACCGAGCAGCAGCACCAGUUUAGUGUUGAAUCCAGGUCGCUUUGACUUUGAGGUGUCGGAUUGUUUUCUGCUGGGUUGUCCUCUUGGAUUGGUGCUUGCAAUGAGACGCACUGUGCUUCCAGCUGUCCAGGUGUCUCAGCUCCGGCCUGCAUGUUCACAGAUCUUCAACCUGUUUUACCCCUCUGACCCGUCGGCCUCUAGACUCGAGCCGUUGCUGCACUCCCAAUUCCACAAACUGCCUCCGUUCCCUGUGCCCCGCUACCAGCGUUAUCCUCUGGGAGACGGUCGUUCCAACCUUAUCGUCGAUGAGAUCCACAGCUACCCUGACGUGUUCCUGCCCGGUAGCACGGUUCCGGUGGGCGCUCCGCACUCCUCCUCUCCCCAGACGGAGCACAGCGCAGAUGGGCGGGUGGGCGGCGAGGUCCGCAGGUGCAGUUUGACCAGCAUGGACAGCCAGUUAUCAGGCUGCUGGGAGAGCAGGCUGAGCAGCACCGUCACCAACAUUUCCAGCAACUGGUGGGGGUCUAAGCGGUUGGAUUACGCUCUGUACUGUCCGGACGUCCUGACAGCAUUCCCUACAGUGGCUCUGCCUCAUCUGUUCCACGCUUCGUACUGGGAAUCCACCGAUGUGGUGGCCUUCCUUCUGCGACAGGUGAUGCACUGUGACUAUGUGAAAGCCCAAGAGAUGGACAACUCUGACUCCGCCCCCUUCUCACCUUCAAGUCUAAGGGAAAAGUGGCUACGCAGACGCACACACGUCAAGCUUAGGAAUGUCACCGCCAACCACAGAGUCAAUGAUGUCAUCGCAACCGAGGACGGGCAUCAGACCCUGGUUGGUCGCUUCAUGUACGGUCCGCUGGAUAUGGUGACCCUGACUGGGGAAAAGGUCGAUGUGUACGUGAUGACCCAGCCGCAGUCGGGUCGCUGGGAGCACUUAGACACCGAGGUGACCAACAGCAGUGGCAGAGUGACCUACACCAUCCCCAAAAGCAAAAAGCUGGCCGUGGGGGUCUACCCCAUCAAAAUGGUUGUCAAGGGUGACCAGACAAGUGCGGAGGCUUUCCUGACGGUCUUGCCGCGGGGGAUGGAGUGUGUCGUCUUUAGCAUUGACGGUUCAUUUGCCGCUAGCGUCUCUAUUAUGGGCAGCGACCCUAAAGUACGGCCCGGAGCUGUGGAUGUGGUCAGACACUGGCAGGAUCUGGGCUACCUGAUCAUUUACAUCACUGGCCGUCCAGACAUGCAGAAGCAGAGGGUUGUGUCCUGGCUGUCUCAACACAACUUCCCUCAGGGGAUGAUCUUCUUCUCGGAGGGGUUGGUGCACGAUCCUCUUCGCCAGAAAACCAUCUUCCUCAGGAACUUGGUACAAGAGUGUCACAUUAAAAUCAACUGUGCCUAUGGCUCCAUGAAGGACAUUUCCGUCUAUAGCAUGCUGGGCCUCAACCCCAACCAGAUAUAUAUAGUGGGACGGCCCUCUAAGAAGUACCAGAAUCAGUGCCAGUUCCUGAGCGAGGGCUAUGCAGUACAUCUCUCCUCCCUGCAGUUCAGUCACAGAGCCCGGCCCAAGAAGAGCUCCUCGGUGCGAAUGGUUCUUCGAAAGGGCUCAUUUGGUCUGUCAGCCAAACCGGACUUCCUGUGUAAGCGGACACACCUUCGCCGCACCAUGUCGGUGCAGCAGCCUGAGCCACCCAUGACACCCAACCCUAAACCAGAGCGAGCUCAGAGCCAGCCCGAGUCGGACAAGGACCAUGGGGGUGGAGGGGGUCCAGGCCAUGCCAUGUGGGCACGGGGGUCCAUGCACCGUGGCGACACCACUCCCUGACUCCAGAGAAACAUAGGAGGGAUGGAAAAAGGACAGAUGGUAAUGAUCUCUCGGUGGACAGAGCCCAGCGUCUUUACUCCUUCUGCUGAUAUUACACCAUAAAAUAAGACAAAUCCCACCUGAGCUGAUAAAAACUCCUCAGUGAAGUGCCAUCCGCAUGGAUCUGACACAACGACACACAAACUCUGAGUCCUGAUGCUUUGUUUCGGCAGCAGGAGCAGAGGAACUUCCGUUUCUAAAUUCAGUUUCAUCCGCCCGUGAUGCUUUGGAGAACUUCUGGAUUUAUUUAGCAUUGUACGAAGGCUUCCUUGCAUCACCCAUCAGGAACAAAGAGGAUAUCUGAUAAGAUCCUUAGAGAAAACAUCAACUUUCCUCACGCCUAAGCAAUACGGAGGAAGAGGGAGAGGGAGUAUCCCGCUGCUCGGACAGGUGGCAGCGCUGACUCCUUCAAUAAUCCCUCUGUUUUAAUAUUGCAGGCAUUUGUCUGCUCUCUGGGCGGCUGUCUAUGGCCCGCUUGUGGCCAGACAGACUUGCAAACUGUACAUUAACCUUUUGUGCCAGUGUGGCGACCUGGCCUGAACUCUUGUCGCGCCUGUUGCUGUUCAGCUGUUCAGCCAGAACAGAGUCUGACAGCGAUGGCCACUGCUACUGAACUCCACCCACUCCUCUGCCAGGUCACGCCACGACUCGCAGCUCUGGUACACUGCAGAAGCAUAUUUACAACCAUCGGUGGUUCUUCUUGUGCCUGUCUCUCACUCGUGUUGUAAAUAUAUAAUGAGUGGCACUGAAGCGAAAUGUGUAUGUGUGAUGCAUUUGUGUGUGGCAAUAUCUGCAGUGCUCACACUGCAAUGAAGCAUUUUCUUAAUUGGUAUUUUUGUCUCUUUUCCAGUACAAAUAUUUAAACAUCCCUAAACAAGAUAAAUGUACAUGAAGCAUGAGAUUAUUUUCAGACAGUAAAUCUGGGGAAUAAAUAAAUAAAUGGAUAAACUGAUGCAACUGAUGAAUGCAAUUUUCACUGACACACGAUUU